AUCGCGAGUAAGGUGCACAGCCCGGACAGUUCUUCAGCCAGCAAGGAGGUCGGCAGAGACACACCGAGCACGAUGCAGGCCUUGAUUCCAGUUUUCGCGAUUCUUGGCGUGACGGCGAGCGCGCGGCUGACCCUGCUGCCCUACGCCUAUCUGGCGGAUCCGCUUCCGGUGUACCAUCAGUCGCAGGACACGCGUGCCGGGGUGCACGCGUACAGUUACGCCGGCGGCCCAUCUGCCAAGGAGGAAGUCCGGGGUCUCGACGGGGUCACGCGCGGCUCCUACAGCUACGUAGACGCGCACGGUAUCCUGCAAUCCGUCUUCUACGUCGCGGAUGAGGGCGGCUUCCGCGUCGCGGCGACAAAUCUUCCUACCGACGGUAAUCCACCGCUCGAGACCAGCGAGGUCCUGUUAGCCAGGUACGCCCAUCCGCAGGAACUCGUGAAGGCCGCCACCGCGGAGGAGAAGGGGCAUUUAGUGAGCCGCAGGAAGCGCAGUCUCGAAGCAUCGACCGAUCAAGAUCAUCAGACAGAAAAUCCGAGUUCCCAGGGAGAUCAGGCCGAUCAGGACUCGGCGGCGAUCGCCUCGCCGAAGAGUUCCCACGAGCUUUCAGCCCCGGAGGAAAAAUCCGACAAAGGUCGGGCCAAUCGCGACGCCGCGGGGCCUAUCGUCGCGCCUGUAUAUGGUCUGCUAGACUCGGCUCUGAUCCCGAGAUCGACCGGAGCGGCGACUUCUCAUCAGAGCCGCGUCGAUGUUCACAAUAACAUUCGUUUGAAGGCCGUUCAACCUAUCAAGACGAUCGGAGUCCUGUCGGAACCUGCCGAGACGGUGAUCCUUCCCAGUCAGGUACCUUUGGCGACCUCUCAUCAGAGUCGCGUCCAGGUACAUAACAAUCUUCGCGUUGAGGUGCCGGAAAAACUCGUCAAUGUAGAAACGAUCGAGGUUCAGCCGCAAAUAGCGGGGGCAGCCGCCGUCAAGUUGGAGCCGCUUUCGCUCGUUUCCGAUCUUUCCGCUUACAAUGAAAAUCGGAUUCAGCUUCACAGAAAUCUCGGCUUGGAAGGGUCAAAUCGCAAGGAUGCUGUGAAGAUCGACGCGGCACAGCUGGCCAUCGUCGAGACGCCAAUCGCCGCUGUACGAGCGGUUCCGGUCGCCAAGGAAUCGGUUCCUGUCGUCGUGAAUGAAGCAGUUCCGAUCGUUGCCGAGCAAGCACUUCCGGUCCUCGCCAAGGAAUCGGUUCCUGUCGUCGUCAAUGAAGCAGUUCCGAUCGUUGCCAAGCAGGCACUUCCGGUCCUCGUCAAAGAAGCGAUUCCGGUCGUCGUGAAGGAGGCACUUCCAGUCGUCACUGCCGUCUCCAACCAGAAUAGAAUUCAGAUUCAUCGCAAUACCAAACUCGAAGCUGUACCGAUCGCGAGCGAACCGACCUUGUAUUGGGCGACUUCCUAUGCUCGACCGAUCAGUACUUGGCCGAUUUUAACACCCAUUGCUCAAUCCUCUCAAUAUCGCCAUCAGAUACACUCGAACGAGAAAAUUGAAUUCCCAAAAUAAGAAUUGCGGUCGUUUUGUUCGUUGAUAUCGCGAGAAUUUUCUUUGCGCGUUUAUUUAUUUUCAUUGAUAACUUUUAAUGAAUUUUUUGUAACAUAAUCGAAAUCUUGAUUGAUAUCCUGAUAAACAAUACCAUUUUCUAAUUUGGCUCUUUAAAUAGAUUCAAAAUUUCAAAACAUUUUAUAGAUAUUUCAUAGAAUAUUUCUUUAAAUGA